UUGUUCAGCAAGGCUAGACUAAAGAUACUCUCUUUCAGAAGCUGUUUACCUUUCUUCAUGUUCUGAAACUAAGAUAAUGAAAUAUCAUGUUUUUUUUUUAUUUGUGUUCUAGCAAGCCCACCUUUCUCAGUGUUGGGUGUUGACAUGCGCAUAGCGGAUAACAAGAAAGUUCACAACACCGGCAGGUUCAAGAACUCCAACCUGAUUGUGCGCCGAAACAAAGAGUUCAUCAUCGAUAUCAGAUUUAACCGUCCUUUCAAUAAAAUGCAAGACAACGUGGAGGUUGAGUUUUUGAUUGGUGAGCUUCUUUUUGAAAUCUCCUUCAAACAUUUUAGAUUUGCAAAGAGGUUUCAUAACUGUGUUUUAAAUCUUUCAUUGGCUUUAAUUAAAAUGCUUCAAACAACAGAACAUUUGGGCACUUCCAGCAUUAUGCAUCUGACAUUUUGCGUUGUAUAUACUGUAUGUCAUAUAAACUCUCAGAGAAUGUAUUUGUUACCAGUAUAUCGAACCAUCUGUUUAUAUUUUACUAAACCCGUGAUGAUAGAGUCUAAACAUCCCAAAAAAUACACGAGUCUAUGCAGGAGUUUUCUAUUUAAUAAAAGGGAAAUAAAUGUGCGUUAUGGACGUGACAAAAAAAGAACACCGUUUUCCGUACUUGCAAAUGACUGUUGCGCUCAUCUCACAGGCGGUUCACCUAAUGAAAACAGGGGCACCUACAUCAUUGUGUCCUUUGGAAAAGAUAUAGGCGAAAUGAUCUGGAAGUGCCGUGUGCUAAACACACAAGGCAAUGACGUGACGGUGGGCAUCACACCGGACCCCAGCUGCAUCGUGGGCCGCUUCCGUACUUUUGUGGCUGUUGUGAGUGGUUUAGGAAAACAGCGCACCCCGAAGAACCCUGACACUGACGUUUACGUGCUGUUCAAUGCUUGGGACCCUGCGGAUCAGGUGUAUUUGUCUAAAGAAAGUGACAGGCAGGAGUAUGUCCUGAAUGAUGUGGGGGUCAUCUACAACGGAGAAUUUAACAACAUGUCCUCCCGCCCAUGGAACUAUGGGCAGUUUGAAGAAGGAGUUCUGGAUGCCUGCCUUCUGGUUCUGGAUGCUGGCAAAGUACCGCUAGUAUAUCGUGGAAAUGCGACUGAAGUAGUCCGGCAGGGCUCAGCUCUGAUGAACUCUCAGGAUGAUGACGGUGUUCUGGUUGGAAACUGGAGUGGAGAUUACUCCAUUGGCACAUCACCCACUGCCUGGACCGGAAGUACUGAAAUCCUGCUCAAAUAUGCCAGAGAAGGUGGCGUGCCGGUUUGUUUUGCCCAGUGCUGGGGGUUUGCUGGUGUGCUGAACACUUUUUUGCGCUGUCUGGGGAUACCGGCGAGGGUCAUCACCAACUACUGCUCCGCUCAUGACAACACGGGCAACCUGAAGACAGACAUCAUGCUGGAUGAAGACGGGAAAGUGAACAAAUCUCGAACAAGAGAUUCAGUCUGGAACUAUCACUGCUGGAAUGAGGUGUACAUGACAAGACCUGAUCUGCCACAGAAAUUCUCUGGCUGGCAGGUGGUCGACUGCACCCCUCAAGAGACCAGUGAUGGUCUCUAUCGCUGUGGCCCGACAUCGGUCAGUGCCAUAAAAGAUGGGGAGCUAAGCUACCCGUUUGAUGCAAAGUUUGUGUUUGCAGAGCUGAACAGUGAUGUGAUCUACCAUCAGAUUGAUAAGUAUGGAAAAACCAAGAUCCUCCAUGUGGACACCGCGUAUGUGGGAAAACUCAUUGUGACCAAAAGAAUUAACAGUAAUCAAUAUGAAGACAUCACUUCUAACUACAAGUAUCCAGAAGGUAAGUGCAUCUGCUUUCACUUUCAAGAAUCAUGUGCUGCCAUAGCGCCCUGUCCUUAUUUCUCGAUCAUCGUCCUGACUCCAGGAAGCAAGAGUGACAAGCAGUCCAUGCAGAUGGCAGAGAGCCGUGGUGUUCCUUUAAGAGAUUACGAACCACCUGCUGAAGCUGGGGUGGACAUCCAACUCCAGGCCGAUACCGUCAAAAUGGGUGAAGACUUCAAGCUGACCAUGUACAUUAAGAACCAGAGCAGUAAACGCUGCACCAUCGAUGCCACCAUCACUGGCUCUGUGGUAUUUUACACCGGGGUCACUAGCACCACCAUCAAGCAGGAAACCAGAAAAGCUACUGUGGAGGCUUGGAAAACUGAGAAACUGCUGAUAGACAUCCGAGCUACGGAGUACAUGCCCCAUUUGGUGGAACAAUCCAAUCUGCUAUUUGUUGUGAAGGGUAGCAUUGAGGAAACGGGCGCGUCCCUCACCACAAUGAGAGUUGUCACCCUUCGCACUCCCGAGCUCACUAUACGGGUGAGCGGAAGUCCCCGGGUGGGCAAAGCUUUCACUGUCAUUGUGGAAUUCCGGAAUCCGUAUAAUUUCGCCCUGGAAAACGUUCAGUUCCGCCUUGACUCACCCGGUCUGAUAAAGACCAAAUUCAAGUCAUACAAGUACACCGCUUUAAGAAUCUCAUAUCUGUCCAUAUCCAUAGAUAUUCAGGAUCAGCCAAUUAAGUACCAAAUACCUACAAAACUGUACCUAAAUACUAGCUUAAAGGGAUAAUUCGCCCCAAAAUAAAAAAUUCUGUCAUCAUUUAUUCACUCUCACGUGGUUCAAACCUGUAUGUGACUCAUUCUUCUGUGGAACACAAGAGAAGAUAUUUUGAGAAAUGUCCAAGUGCUUUGUGUCCAUACAAAGAAAGUCAAGGGGGUCGAUGUUGUUCGGUUACCAACGUUCUUCAAAAUAUCUUCUUUUGAAAUGGCAUGAGAGUAAAUAAGCUAACUAUCCCUUCAUUUUUCUCUGCUGGAGAAGUUGUAUUGCUGCUGUCCUUCUAAAACCUUGUAUCUCCAUAUUUCGGGAUUUUGUAUUUUUUGUCAAAUCAUUAUUAUUAGUCGCCCUUUAUGUUUGUCACUGGGUUUUGCAAAUAUCUAAGCAAUAAAAAGCAUUAAAAAGUGCUUGUCAACUUUGACAACACAGUAUAAUGAUUUAAAGAGUAGUGUUUAUUUCAUUUCCAGAAAAACUGCAAAUUUGGACAUGUGAGGUUUCCGAAGGACAGCGACGAUAUAAUUAUAUGUGAUACCAAUUUAUAUACAAACAGAAGUCUAUUAGAUUUUUUAAUUUAGAUUAGUUAAAUGAACUAAGCGUGUAUGUUUCUGCUUGCAGAGAAAUUUUACCUGGUGGCGUAAUGCAAUAUACAGAGUCCAUCACCCCUUUGAAUCCUGGCAAGAGGGUGUUGAUAGCAGGUCUGGACUGCGCUCGUUUGAGACAGGUCACCAAUCAGCUGGAAAUCAACAUACUUACAGACUGACCGGAU